GAUCAAUAAAUCCACUCUGUACACUACAGCCAAAAUCACCACCACUUUGUCUGUGUCGAGCUAGAGAUCUUCGAAUCAGGAGUGUUGGUAAUAAUGUUGCCGGAGAGAAGAAGUACGGUCGUUUCUUAUCUGAAUCCAUCUGGUCAGAAUGAUCAUUCGUUUCUGUUUCUUCGAAGAGGAAAGAAGUUUGGUCGGAUAGUGAAAUUGAAGCUCUCACACUUCAUCUUCUUCUUCGUGUCUCUCUUUUUCUUCUCUUGCAUAUUCUCUGGCCAUAAACUACUCUUUCAUGGUUCUGAGAUCUUGCCUCAUUUUGAGCAUAACCCUUAUAUGAAAAAUCAUCUGUUCACGUCCUCGGAGCUUGAUAUAGGAUUAAAACAAUCCAACAUCGAAAAACCACCUGGAAGCAAGAAGAGAAACAAGCAUUUGCCUUGUGAAGUUGCACUUGCUGAAUCUGUUAAUCACAUACUUGAGCCUGAGGAGUAUUUAAAUUUCAACCGAUUUUCGUUAGGCUUUGUAGAGACAGAGACAUAUAAUAAUCCUAGAUUUGGAGGGCAUCAAACGCUCAAGGAAAGAGAGAGAUCUUAUUCUGCGACAAAUCAGACAAUUCACUGUGGUUUUGUCAAAGGAACUGGAUUUGAUUUGAGCGAAAAGGAUAGGGCCUACAUGAAGAACUGUGUAGUCUCUGUGUCUUCUUGCAUUUUCGGAAGUUCUGAUUUCCUAAGGCGACCUGCAAGUAAAAAGAUCAGUGAAUUCUCCAAGCGAAAUGUUUGUUUUGUGAUGUUCGUUGAUGAGCAAACACUGUCGAAACUGGCUAGUGAAGGGCAUGUUCCAGAUAAGCAAGGAUUUGUUGGUUUGUGGAAAACUGUAGUAGUGAGCAAUCUGCCUUACACCGAUAUGCGAAAGACUGGAAAAGUUCCGAAAUUUCUAUCACACCGCCUUUUUCCUUCUUCUAGGUACUCGAUUUGGAUAGACAGUAAGAUGAGGCUAACUACAGAUCCUAUGCUGAUAAUUGACUUCUUCUUAUGGCGAACAAAAUCAGAAUUCGCUAUCUCUAACCAUUAUGACCGGCAUUGUGUUUGGGAUGAGGUGUUACAGAACAAACGGCUGAACAAAUACAACCACUCGGCCAUCGAUGAACAGUUUAUGUUCUAUCGAUCAGAUGGACUAAAGAAAUUUGACCCUUCAGAUCCUAAUUCUCCUCUUCCAAGUUAUGUACCUGAAGGUUCUUUUAUUGUUAGGGCUCAUACACCAAUGUCAAACCUCUUCUCCUGCCUUUGGUUCAAUGAAGUUGAUCGGUUUACCUCAAGAGAUCAAUUGAGUUUUGCAUACACAUACCUUAAACUUCAGAGACUGAAUCCGGAUAGACCAUUACGCCUAAACAUGUUCAAGGAUUGUGAGCGUCGUGCACUAACUAAACUCUUCCACCAUCGCGCAGAUUCAAGACCUCCUUCACCUCCUGCUUGAUUGAUUAUAAUCUAGUUGUGAAGGAUUGGCCUAAUUGCCAUUGCCAAUGAGCCAAGACACAAGCUUGGUAAAUUUACGAACCAAUUCACUCUGGAUAUAUCGGAUGAGCAGUUGCUGCUUACGGUUAAAGACACGGCAGCUACGGGUUUGUGAUUCUGUGAACUUCGCAUAACCGAAGCAAAGGUCUAUAUACAUUUGCGCUUACUGUUCUUGGCCUGUUAGAGACUUAACAGACUUGGAAGGAAUGAGCUUUAGAUAUUAGUGAUCUGACUUGCAUCUCCUUUAGAUUGUAAACAAAACGGAAAUCUAUACAAAACCACAAGUUGGCCACUGUAAUUUUUUUUUGUUUUUUUUUUGCUCUUUU